AUGUCUCAGGCAGCACUUCAUAAUCUUCGACGUUUAAAAUAUAGUUCGAACGUUGACAUGUCUGAUUUUAUAUCAAAUUUUCUCUCACUAUGUCGAAGCGCUAACGUUACAAACAUUGAAGAACAAAAAUCUUUCUUGUUAGGUUCUUUGCAUGAUGAUAACAUUCGAAAUAUAUUAGCAAGCAAGUUUCGACCUGUUGAGGAAUUUGACUGGGUCAUAAAAGUAUUUCAAGGGAUCAUUUAUGAAUACCCUUUGCAUCAAAUUCGUUGUGGGUCGAAAAUUACCCUCAAACAUUGUGUCACCGGCCAAUACUUAUCACAUGGUGAACAUAAACCUAUUGCACCUGGGUCACCAUAUUCUACUGUAUUUUGUAAUGGAUCUAAACCUCGAGAAAAUGAAAUAUGGAUUGUUGCUUCUCCUUCCGGUGAGAACAAAAAUUCCGGAGAUCCCGUGCAUUUUAAUUCCGUCAUUGGUCUAUGUCACGAAAAAUCUCGAACAAACCUGUGUGCGGCCAACGAACUAGCUUCACGUGAUGUUUGGGCGUCAACUGGGAAAGACUCAAAUUGUAACUGGGCCGUUCGACGACACGCCACAGAAUCAGGUUAUCUCAAUGAAAAUAACGGCGUUUGGGCGAUAGGUGAUAUUGUUAUCUUGGAACAUGCUAACAACAAACUACCACUCUUCACUCAGAGUCAUAUUGAGUUCAUAGAUAGUCAUUCAAAUUCCAAUCAAGAGGUUUUGUUGGAUGGUGAUGGUUUUGAAGAAAAUAAUAAGUGGUAUGCCGAGAUCGUUGGCCAAUAA